AUGAGAUCAACCGAUUUUUUUAGCUGCUCUCCGUGUGUUAAUUCUUAGAUUUGCUCUACUGAUCGCUGCUAAUUAAUAUAUUAGUUGCUUUUAGUCGCAUGGAUCAAUAUAUGCUAAUUAAGCACUGGUAUAACUGGUUGUAGGUUUUUUUUAUUUUUUUUUUAAGCAUCUGAUGUUGUGAAAUUAUUUGGUGAUUUUUGCUUCUUGAUGUGUUAGCUGUUAUGUUUGUUUUAGCGAUCGGUGCUAUUACCAUGAUUGCUUCCACAGUCUAAGUAUCAACUAUAAGCAGUGAUAUAUAUCAAUUAGUUUUCCUUUUUCUGAGGUUCUCUUGCUUUUGUGGAUCUUAGAGUUGAAAUUUCGAGGGGAUCUAUUCUGUUUUACCAGAGAUGCAAUGCAACUCUGUAAGGACAUCUCCAGUAGAGUUCUUUUACUCCCCCUUCCCCCCCUCCCCCCACCCUCCCUGUCUUUUCCUUUAUUUUUUUUUAUUUUUCAGUGUGUGGCGAUGAUAUUUCCCACACAAAGUCCUUUGUUUCUUUAUCCGCACUAAUUUUGCCAUCUCUACUAAUUCUCAGAGAUAUUUUCGUCCUUGUUUUGUCUCCGUACUGGUUUUCCCCUUCUUUGUACUCUUUUCCGUCUUUUCUUUCCUUUUCUUUCGCACUCCCUGGAGAGAGAGCAGUCACAAAACGACAGAAGAAAAAAAAAGAAAAGAAAAACACUGGGGGAGUUCACUAGGAGGUAUCCGGAGAGGGAACACGCCCCGUCGCUUUAACCUCUCGGGUGAUUGAUCGUGCCGUCCGUUAAUUGACGAUCCUGAUUUCAUUUGGAGGCUGAUUGGACGGUGGAUUUGUGUGCCCCCUCGAUUACCCCGCACGCAUUUUUGAGGUGGACCAUGUCUGCCGUACGAUUCUUUCCCUCCGUUUAAGAGGCGCACCGAUGACUAAGACGCGAGCCGUGAGAUGGGUACUUGCGGUCCUACAGGCAGAAGCAACGGCCCUGAUCGUCUGGUAGUCACCAACCUUUCUCGUCCUCUAUCGAGGAGGCAUUUUGGUCUCUCCAUCGGCUCCAUCGGAGGCCACGCGUACGAGAGGGCAGUGUACUCGUCAUCGUACGACAAGAACGUGGAGGAGGAUCUGGUGCACCCGGUGGUGGUGCCGGACCAUGUGAUCGAAACUUGUGAGUCGGAAAAGUACUGGGGCCCGCACCCUACGACAGGCGUUUUUGGGCCCGCCGCCGCCGCCACCGCCACCGCGGGAACGAAGGACGGGCCGGGCAACGCAGCUGCUGUGGCGGCGGGGGAUGGUGGCGGGUCGACGGUGCUGGACCAGGAGGUGUGGUUCCGCCCCCUCGAGGACGUCGACAAGCCUCCCCACCAACCGGGCCUCAACUAAACCCGUGGGGCGCUGGGGCCCACCCUGCCACCCACUAGCUAGGUUUCGUGCAGGCCCCACCGCCACCAGUUCUUACUUAAUUAGGAGUGGCAUUAGUAAAGAAUAAGCAGCACUAGUUGCACUAGUAGAGUGCACGCAUAUUUUAUGGGAUGCAUUGUAUCGUUCCGUGCGUGUACGUAUAUGCAUGUUGGUGAUGUACUACUGCUACUACUGUGGCGAUCUCCGUGUACUGGAUACUUGGUGUGGUUAUAUACUGCUACUAUUACGGCUUGGAUUGGUGAGCUUUUUUCUGUUUUUCCUUGUUUUCAA